GAGUAGUGGACUGUUCUUCCGGCGUGGGGGUGGAGGGAGGGAAGAGAAAGAAAGAACUUUAGCAUCACUUUGAUUCGAAGGAAGCUCAAAAAUUGCGCUGGAAGAGAAUAAUUUACUGACCAACAGAAAGAGACGAAGACAGUCUCUUAGGCGCCCAGAGGAGGAAGAACAGGGGAGGAGGAAAAGGAAGACGUAGUAGUGGUGGUGGUGGUAUAGAAGAAAAACUGGAAAUGUCCCAUCUCUACCGCAGUUUGGUCAGAUACCUGUUUCUAGCCCUCCUUUUACAUGGGCUGGGAGAAGGUUCUGCCCUUCUUCACCCAGAUAGCAGAUCCCAUCCUCGAUCUUUAGAGAAGAGCGCUUGGAGAGCUUUCAAGGAAUCUCAGUGUCAUCACAUGCUCAAGCACCUCCAUAAUGGAGCACGGAUCACCGUGCAGAUGCCACCCACAAUUGAGGGCCAUUGGGUCUCCACAGGAUGUGAAGUGAGAUCUGGUCCAGAAUUCAUUACCAGAUCUUAUCGAUUCUAUCACAACAAUACCUUCAAGGCCUACCAGUUUUAUUAUGGUGGUAACCGCUGUACCAACCCUACCUACACUCUAGUCAUCAGGGGUAAGAUACGGCUUCGUCAAGCAUCCUGGAUCAUCCGAGGAGGGACUGAGGCAGACUACCAGCUACAUAAUGUCCAGAUCAUCUGUCAUAGUGAAGCUGUUGCUGAAAGACUUAGUCAGUUGGUAAAUCGCACAUGCCCAGGUUUCAUCACCUCAGAUAACCCCUGGGUACAGGAUGCCACCUAUGACUUAUGGCGAGAAGAAAAUGGCCGUGAAUGUACCAGAGCAGUGAACUUUGCUAUGCAUGAGCUUCAACUGAUCCGGGUAGAAAAACAGUACCUUCACCACAACCUGGAUCAUCUUGUGGAAGAACUGUUCCUUGGUGACAUUCACACUGACUCCAGCCAAAGGAUGUUCUACAGGCCGUCCAGUUACCAGCCACCCCUGCAAAAUGCCAAGAAUCAUGACCAUGCCUGCAUUGCAUGCCGGAUCAUCUACCGUUCAGAUGAGCACCAUCCUCCAAUAUUGCCCCCCAAAGCUGACCUGACCAUUGGCCUACAUGGGGAGUGGGUGAGCCAGAGGUGUGAAGUUCGCCCUGAAGUUCUCUUCCUCACUCGCCACUUCAUAUUUCAUGACAACAAUAAUACCUGGGAAGGGCAUUAUUAUCACUAUUCUGAUCCCAUCUGCAAGCAUCCCACCUUCACUAUUUAUGCCCAGGGUCGCUACAGCCGUGGUGUACACUCUGCCAGGGUCAUGGGAGGCACUGAGUUUGUGUUCAAAGUGAAUCACAUGAAGGUCACCCCCAUGGAUGCAGCCACAGCCUCUCUCCUAAAUGUGUUCAAUGGGAAUGAAUGUGGAGCCGAGGGCUCGUGGCAGGUUGGAAUUCAGCAGGAUGUGACUCACACCAAUGGUUGCGUUGCCUUGGGAAUUAAACUACCUCACACUGAGUACGAGAUCUUCAAAAUGGAACAAGAUGCACGGGGUCGGUACCUGCUGUACAAUGGCCAGAGGCCCAGUGAUGGAUCCAGUCCUGACCGGCCAGAAAAGAGAGCCACAUCUUACCAAAUGCCCUUAGUUCAGUGUGCAUCUUCAGCACCCAGAUCAGAAGACUUAACAGAGGAGAAUACAAUAGGUCACUAUGGGAAUGGGGCACCUGAAAGGAAUUUCUGUAUGGUAUUCCUGACUCUGAUUGCAUGCCUUUGGACUGUUCCACAUUGGAAUACCUUCAGCUAGAUUUCUUUAUGCUUUAAAAUAUAUAUAUUUUUAUUUUCCAAACUAGGAUUCCUUGGGAUUUGUGGAUUUUCUUUCCCAAAGAAAGGAUGUUCAUUCCUCUGAUGCACUCAAAUGCCUAAGAACUGUUGUUCUUUUUCUUCUCCCCUCCCCCCCCGAAGCCCCACUUCCAGCCCCAGAAUCAUGAAUAGCACUUGUUUGAAGUUUCUGCUUUGAACUUCAUCCAGUCUGUUCCCUGGCCUGAGUGACUGCACAACAGUAAUUGCACUUUAGGACUGCAGACGGUUUGUGGGUAGUAGAUUCUUUGGGGGUUGGGGUUUUUAAAAAAAUAUUAUAUCAUUUGGCUGCAUUGAACUUUAGUUGAAAAAAAGAUCCAGCUACAUUUUUAACUGCCGUUUUCCUCUUGUCACGUCCUUUCCCAUCUCUGAAACUGCCUCUCCUUCAAAAUCUAACCAUCUUGAAUAGCCCUAUGCAGUAUUGGGUUAGUGCUGGGAGGAUGGCAUCUUCUUACUUCAAGAAAAUGCUCUGGUGUAGAUAUGUAUAUAUUCAAAGACACAAGGAUUUAUCUAAAUGAUCUUUUCAACUUUUAUACAGAAGAAGAGAGAAUUGAAAGCCUUCCUUUCAUAAGUACUGAAUGGAAAAUAUCUGUAAUUAAAGUUUCAAAGUAAUUUAAGCUAUUUUUACACUUUUUUUUUUUACUUUUAAAGAAUACAGUUAGUGGAGCAUAUGUGGCACUGUUCUGUGUUCAUGGUUGAGAAGAGUCAAAAGGGACCCUAGAGGUCAAUUUAGUCCAACUCAUUACUGUGAUUUUGUUAUAUUAGGUUUGUUGUUGCUUCUGUGUCCUGUGUAAAUAGGUAACUUGCUGGAAUCAGUAUGUAGAAAGCAAUGCCAUUAUAAAUCAGAGGGUAGACAGUAAUGUAUCUGGUAUGUACAAGUCCUGCAAAGUGCCACGUGAAUGCUGAUGAUAAUGUGGUCCUUUCCUAAUAUGCCAUUUCCUUUUCUUAAAACGUUCACCUUGGCUUGUAUGACAUUUUGUUAUAGGUAAGCAGAAGUAUCUAGAUUUGCAAUAUCUCUCUGGCCAUCAAAAUACAUUUUUAGAAGAAAUGUUUGCUGGGAAAGGGCCUGGUAUUCAGAGAAAAUAUAAAAAAAUCAGUAUCCUGUGGGAUUUGUAGCAUUCCUUUCAUGACAUGUAUAUCUUGGCUUUUGUAUUAAGUCUUACUAUUAUAUGGACUUAACUGGGAGUCAGGUAAUUAGACUAACCCUCCUAAUCAGCAGUUGACUUAGUUAUGCAACAUGGAAUAAACCAGUGUCUUCUUUCCUCAGUCUAACCUUGUGAAAGAUAGAACAUAACAUUUCUGCUCCCAUUUCCAUCCCACUGAGACACUGGAAGGGUAUAAUAUCUGUAAUGUGCUCUGGAUUCUUGGAAAAGGGUCUGUGUAAACAUCAAGUAUUCUUAAGAUAGAAAGUAAUGAAAAAGAACUGAAACAAAUAGGCAACUAUUGAAGACCUAGAUUUAAGAGAAGUCUUGUAGAAGGCAAAAAAUCAGUCAGGGUUAAGACCUUAUUCUAUUUAAUAUUAAAAUUAAAUGCCAGUAGUAUUGUUUGUGGUUAAAAUUUUUAAGGAUCAUGUGGGUGUGUACUAUUAAAUAAAUGUAUUUAGAUUAUAUUUAUAAUUAUGGAGAUUACCGAGAUCAUUUAUUCAGCAUAAAAAUACUAACCUGAUUUGCCAAAUUUACUAUAUAGUGAAAAGAACUGGAAAAGCAUUAAUACUCCUGUAAAAAUUUAUUUUAUCUAUGGAGCCAUCUAAUAAGUGGAGUAACCAUUCCAUCAUCAUAAGCCAUAACUAAUCACAUGAAGCACAUAAUGUUUACUGUCAUAUGCUAUAUCAGCAAUUUAACCAUGAAAGUGACAGGCUAAUAGCUAUUGAAAUUAGAGAUUCUAACCCAUAGGUCUGUAAAAUUGUUUCCAUAUUAAAUACUUGCAAUUUUUAGAAAAAAUGUGUGUAUAUUUAUAUAAUUUAUUUUUAAAGUUGCAAGUAUGUCAAGAGAUAUAUAUGUAUAUAUCUAUAUACACAUAUAUGUGCAUGUAUCUCUAUACAAAAAUGUAUUCUUACAAACACAUGUCUUGUUAAUGAGACCAAAACAGAAUUCAUGUGAGUACAGGUCCUUUAGCCCUAAUGUAAUUUAUUAUAAAUGAUAACCAAGAUAACACAUUUACAUAGUUUGGGUACAAUGAUGGGUUUCUUAGCUGUUAAUUGCUAUAUAUAUGUUUGGACUUACUGUGUUUUUUACAAACUUACUUAGAUAUAAAAUCCUAUUGGUGUGGGGUCACUUAACCCUUUUUAUCUCUUAUUUUGUACAAUUCUUGCCCAUGUCUUUCUGUAAAUUGAAUACAGAGGACAUACCUGACACACUGGAGGCUUUCCUCUAGUAUUUUAAUAUUUUGUGGGUACCAGUGUAAUCUAAAUCAUCCAUUAUUUUUUAGUCUUAAUAUAUAACCGGCCUACUUCCAUCUAAGAUGUGCAUGGCCAGAUAACAUGUAUUUUAUUCCAUGAAUGGGGCACAGGCUAUCAUGGGUAAUAUAGUCUACUUAUACCCACCAUAUGUCUUUCUGUUGCCCUUUGGGUUACUUGUAAUUUUGAAUAUUUUAAAGUCAUGAUGUUUUAUGAGUCAUAGCCAUUUAGCAUCACCAGGAGAAUAUUGUGAUUAAAGUAUUUUUUUUUCUGGUUGCAAAAUACUUGAGGUCAUUGAAAGUAUUGAGGAAUUUCUCAAAUGCCAUAUAAGCCAUUCACCUCCCACUCAGUUCAGGAUGUAGUUCAUUUUCCAUUGGCAAUAUCCAUCCAAUAAUUCAAUCAACAAAUAUGAGUAAGUAUUUAUAGACACUAUCCAAGAUGUACAUGUUGGUGGAUUAAUUCAGUGGGUUCUCCAUUCAGUUAAAUAUCAUUGUCUUCAUUCUCUUUGUUCUUCUAGUAGUAGGAAAAUCCCUUUUGAAUUUCUGUGGUUUUCGCCGAAGAAGUUUAGAGGAUAUGGGGCUCAAUGCAAUUACUACAAUGGCAUCUGUGAAUAAGAACAUUUAAAGAAAACCUUUAUUAAUAGGAAACACUUUUGCUUGAAUGCUGGGCAGGAUAUCUUCUAUGCUACAGUCGAAUACCUUAAGUGAGCUGAUGUCCUGCUGUUUUAUGACAGCUUGAUAAAGAAUUGUCGAACAAAGUGAUUUCCUUAGUCACACUUUUUACAAUAUAUGCAGAAGAUGACUCAUUUAUUUGCAGAGGAUCUUCAAGGUUGAAUUUUGUCCUACCAAGUCCACCAAAAAAAAAAAAAAAA